AUGAUUUUUAUUUAUUUUUCGAGAUUAAUUAUUCAUGUUGUCUUCAUUCAGAUUGAACUGGUUUGUAUCAAUAAUGAUACAAGAUCAACUGAAGGUUCGAUUGCUAUACAACAAUCGUCUACUGAUGGUGAAGAAAACUUACAAUUAGGUUUGAAUACACAAGAACCAACAGUAGAUGGCAAUGAUACCAUAGAUCAGGUUACAACAUCAAUUUCGUCAUGGGAUCUAAAAUGUUAUCACUGGACAAUAUCAGGUUCAACCGUUGGUGCUAUGGGAUUUUUUAUAUUUACAUGUAUUGUAAUGACAACUGGCAUCUUAAUCGUUUGUUUUACUUCCCCAAAAUCACAUGGACAAAAAUGUAAAUUCAGUAUUUCACAAACAGCCACGAAUCCAAUUGAAUAUAACUAUGGUCCACGAUCUGUUGCUGUUGGUGAUUUCAACAAUGACACUUGGAUAGAUAUGGUAGUUGCCAAUUCGAUUGUUAACAAUAUCGGUAUCUAUUUUGGUUAUGAAAAUGGUACGUUUGUCAAACAGAUCGAAUAUUCAACUGGUUUAGGUUCCAAUCCUUAUAUGGUUGCAGUUGGUAAUCUUAACAAUGAUUCUCGAUUAGACAUUGCAGUUGCAAACUUUGGCACAAAUACCAUUCGUAUAUUUCUUGGGUAUGGAAAUGGAUCUUUUGUGAAUCAACUAGAUUUGUCAACAAAUACAUCACGUCCAAUAUCAAUUAGUUUAGUUGAUUUCAAUAAUGAUACAGUACUUGAUAUUGUCACUGUCAAUUUUGGAACUAAUAGUAUAAGUAUUUUUUAUGGUUAUGAAAAUGGAAUGUUUUCGAAUCCAACAAUGUAUUCAACAGGUUACGAUUCCCUUUCAUAUGCAUUAGCUGUUGGUGAUUUUAAUAAUGAUAAUUAUAUAGAUAUUGCUAUUGCAAAUUAUGGAACAAACAAUAUUGGUUUAUUUCUUAAUGCUAAGAAUGGUACUGUUGAAAAACAGAUAACUAUUUCAACCGGUUAUGGUUCUCACCCAAUAUCAAUAGCUGUUGGUAAUUUCAAUGAUGAUACGCUUGUUGAUAUCGCUGUUGCAAAUCAUGGAACAAAUACAAUCGGUAUAUAUUUAAGCAAUGGUAAUGGAACGUUUACAAAUCAAAUGCAAUAUUCCAUAAAUUCUGGCUCACCAUACUCAAUUGGUGUUGGUGACUUCAAUCAAGAUAAUCAUUUAGACAUAUUCAUUAUUACUAUUGGUGCUAAUAAUACAGGUCUACUUCUCGGAUAUGGAAACGGUAGUUUUUCUGAUGCAAGAAUGAAUUCAACUGGAUCGACGUCAUCGAUCUCUUUUGCUAUAUGUGAUUUCAACAAAGACAAACGAUUAGAUGUUAUCGUUGUUAACAAUGAGACUAAUAGCAUGGAUAUUCUCGAGGGUUACUUCGAAGGAUUUUCGUUAUCCAAAUAUUAUUCAACUGGAUAUUCACCAAUGACAGUAGCUCUUGGUGAUUUUAAUAAUGAUGGUAAACUGGAUUUAGUUGCUGCUAAUUAUUAUAAUAAUUCAAUAAGUGUGCUUCUUGGAAAUGGGAAUGGGUCUUUCGCAAAACAAAAAACAUAUUCAACUGGUGCUUCACCAUAUGGUGUAGCCGUGAAUAACUUCAAUAAUGAUAGUUAUUUAGAUCUAGCUGUUGCCAAUUAUGACGACGGAAGUGUCAGCAUUUUUCUCGGAUAUGGCAAUGGAUCAUUUGCAAAACAAAAAAAAUAUACAACUGGCUAUUAUCCACAAUCUUUGGCUGCAGGUGAUCUCAACAAUGAUGGUCUGUUGGAUUUAGUUGUUGCCAAUUAUGGCAGUUUAUAUGUGAGUGUACUUUUGGGUUAUAGUAAUGGUUCCUUUGCAAAUCAAAUGAAAUAUAUAACUAGCACUUAUUCAUAUUA